AUGUUCAUUAUUAAUUGGUUUAUCGACGUUUUAGCAUCUUUGGGUCUUGUCAACAAGAACGCCAAGAUCUUAUUUUUGGGUUUAGACAAUGCGGGGAAGACAACUUUGUUGCAUAUGCUAAAGAAUGAUCGCCUUGCGACAUUGCAACCAACAUUACAUCCAACUUCGGAAGAAUUAUCGAUAGGAAGCGUUCGUUUCACAACUUAUGAUCUUGGUGGACAUCAUCAAGCUCGGCGCCUUUGGAAAGAUUAUUUCCCAGAAGUCAAUGGAAUUGUCUAUAUUGUCGAUGCUCAAGAUCGUGAACGAUUUGGCGAAGCUAAAACUGAAUUAGAUGCACUUCUUUCCAUCGAGGAACUUUCAUGCGUACCAUUCCUAAUUCUCGGAAACAAGAUUGACGCUCCUGGCGCAGUAUCUGAUGAUGAAUUGAGGCAUGCACUUGGAUUGUAUCAGACUACCGGAAAGGGUAAGGUUCCAUUGAAGGGCAUUCGUCCUAUUGAGGUAUUUAUGUGCUCUGUUGUUAUGAGGCAAGGAUAUGGUGAUGGUUUCCGUUGGAUAUCUCAGUACAUUUAA